AGUCGACAAGAAGGCAUAAACGGGAUGGCUGCCCUCAGCGGGCGACACAAAGAAGGGAAGGGACAUGAGAGAUUGGUCUUUGGGUUGCAUUCUGGGGUGGUUUCUUACUAUCUAAAUUAAGCCUUUUUCCAAGUUCAGUUGUCUCCUUUCUGACUGAUCAGAAGCUACCCAGACACGCAGAUUUGUGCAUCAAUGUUGCUCCUUUCGCUUCCCUCGGCUCCCCUUCUGGGCCUCUCUUCUUCUUCUAUCUUUCUGAGAGCUACCCAUGGAAGAUGCCCCACGUUCCUGUUAGGCCCUCUCAAGAGCAGGAACAAUAACAGUGACAAUGACACUUCUCUUCCGCCUAGGAAGCUCAAUAUCAGAAGGUUGGGAGGAAGAUGGUCGGAACAAUCUUCUCCUUCGCGCUUGCAUUGUAGAGCUCAGCUGUACGACCAGCUUGCCCCCACAGCCUCUGCCGUCUACGGAACUCUUCUACUUGGCGGUGGCCUCUUUGCCUACGUACGGUCGGGCAGUAAGGGAUCGAUUAUUGGAGGAGCAGCUGGUGCUGUUCUAAUGGCAACGGCCUACUUUCUAAUGCAAGCUCCUGGAACAAGAGAUAUUGGUGAUGCAUUUGCAUUUGGAUCUGCCCUUCUAUUUUCUGCCGUAUUUGGGAUUAGAUUGGCAGCAACACGUAAAUUGAUUCCUUCAGGGCUUCUUUUGGGCCUCUCUGUUUGUGCACUGGCCAUCUUCUUUUCAUCGUAUAUGCAUGAUAAAUACAUAAUCAACGAUCCUCUAAUCAUGUGAUUUACCUGCUUCUUGUUGGUAUUAACUAGUAAACUGGUUAGUGUCCUCCAAGGCUGAGGUUGCAGGAUUUUAUUUUUUGCAGUUUCAGCAAGAUCUCUUUUUGCUUUCCAGCUGUGCAAUGUAGUUGUUAGUCUGAUCUGCAGUGAGCUAUUGAAUUUUAUUGUAAUAUCAAAAGCUCUGGACCUCUGGUUUGAGUUUUGUUUUCCGCGUGGUGAAUGAACAAAAUGUGAAUUUGAGUUC